CCAUCAGGUGACAAAUGAGGAACAUCUGCCGAGAGACCUUUCCGGGCACCAUGCGUUCUCUUGAGAAGUGGCGCCUGAGGGCGAUGAGCACCAUGGGUCUUGACCUGUCAAGGUCCAUCUUGAAUAUAAUAAUAGAUAAUAAUAAUGUCGGCCAGGAAUUCUAGGCAAUAAUUCAGUUAUCCUCCCAAUACGGCUAGCGCAAGGCGCUAUAGCUGCCAGUCCCCACAUGAGCUUCAGUGAGCAUCAAGAAACCCAUCUCCAAAGCAUCCAAAGCAACUCCAAUGUCGUCCUCAUACUGGUUUCGUAAGGACCCUAACCCUGGAACUAUCAUUACCCUUGACCAACCCGUCCCUUCCCGGUGGAAGAUCCUUGAGCAGUUGAACGAGCAUGACUAUCAGGUUAACGAGGAGGAAAACCAUGAGUAUGGCUUCCGUUCUUUCGCCUCGGCCAAAUACCUAUGCUGCGAUCCCAAAGCCCGGACUAAGAAAGCUUUCAUGCGCAUUUACAUUCAAGUUGCCCAUCGGAAGACUGAAAUGGAUGAUGCGGAUACCAGAAGCCGACAAGCCACAACAUACAACCCCCCAGAAUUGAUCGCCUACCGGGACCUCACUGAAAAGGGCUCGAGUCACACACCAAAGCUUCUCGGAUACAAGACUGAUAAACAGGAUCGCUCGGGGCUAGUUCCGGGUGGGUUCAUUAUCUGGCUUGUGUGGGAGAUCGUCCCAGGGCUGCGCCUCGGAGACGGCAAUGGCGCUGACCCAUUUUGGGCUCUCGAAGUCCACGAAAGGGAGCAGGUUCGCUUAGCUUUUCUUGAGGCUCUACCUAAGCUGCAUGAGAACGGAUGGUUCCCCCGUGUGUGCGGGGCAAGUAGCCUAGUUUGGCACCAGGAGACGCAAACACUCUAUUUUAUCGGACCCUUUGAGAAGGCCGGUAAUCCCGAACGUCCUAUUAUCUUCGGUGCCAACUGGAUUGCGGAUUUCGAUCUCGCCAAGCCGGACCCCUCUACGGAUGAACGUGAUAGUGACUGGGAUAAAGAUACUUCACGCUGGCAGUGGUAACUGAGGAGGAAGUAAGAUUGUUUUUUUGUCCUCUUACCAUGUUGGGGCUCCCGUAAUGGUUAUGAUUCGUUUAAUGACUAAGAGGAGCUCGUCCUUUGCUUUGCCGCCUUGGGAUAUGC